GGCCCGGCCCUGGUCUAGCUGGUAUCUCACUCACCACCAAAUUUCACAAAUCCAAAUUUUCCCUACGAAAAAGGGAAUAAAAACAGGCUGUAAUGGAGCUGUGAACACUAACAUUUCACCUCUUUUCCCUCUCUUCUUUCUCCUAGCAGCAACGCCACUGUUACCGGCCGUCGCCAAAUCUCUCUGACCAUCCUGUUUCUCGCCAUAGACCAGCAACCAUGAGCUCCAUCAUUCAAAGCUUCCAAGAGAACACUUCACUCCCCGUCUCGCAAACCGAUUCCAAAGACUACCUCCCAGCAUCCUCCGGCCCAGGGCGGCUACGAAGGCGGUUCUCCGCUCUUUCCCUCAAAUUACAACCCACUUCUUCACCGGAGAAAUCCUGGACAUUCCCCAGGUCAAAAUCUUUGUCUUCAAUGGGAGAAUACGCCGGUAGCUCUAUUAAGAAAUGGUGGGACUGGGGCUGCUCUUGGAUCCUUUCCAAGAAACCCAUGUUCGCUAAAGACAUCGAGAUGAACGAAGAAGAAACCAGGAUCCUUGGGUGUCACAACAAGGGCAGCUGGAGGCAUAUGUUUUACAAAGUCAGAUCUGAGAUCAGAAAACUCGUGGGAUCUGAUCAUAAAGUUGGCCUCCCACAAACUUGCAGGUACAAUCCUCUUGAUUACCCCAAGAAUUUCGAUGACGGGAACAGUUAUACCUAUGGUUGAAUCUUGUGGAAUUUGAAUUCCACCACCUUCGAAUAAAGCUUCAUUGCUUCGGAUCAAAAGAGGCUGUGGAAUUCUGGGUUUCUUUUGUUCUUUCGUUUAAGCUUUCGUUAAUUUGUUCACAAUAUAUAAUACAAAUGUUCUGUUAUAUAAAGUGAUAUCGCUUGGCUAUUGGCUAUGGUUAUGGAGAUGCCAAUGAAUCCAUUGUAUUGGAAACUCCUAUUAGCAACGAUGAAAGGGUCGUCACUGUAAUUGUUUUUCGGGGUUCAACUGUGAAAGUAAUGUAUUUUUUCAUGUAAUGUAAAUUUUAUUUAUUUAUUUUA